GAAAAAAAAAAAAAAAAAUCGAAGUAUGAAGAGGAAGACGUAUAUCCCAGUAUAUCAAGCAACAUGAGUUAUACAGAGCACUUGAAUAGUGGGCUCGAGGCAAGUGCAGGUGAAGUUAAACGAACCAAUGUUGGAAUAUGCCAAGAGUACGAUAAACAAGAUGAUUUCACGUUAGAUCGUUCGCGUCCAUAUGAUAAGCAAUAUUAUUCAAUGUACCAAUAUCGACUUUCAACAAUGAAAAAAAGAGUUGAUUCAGAAGCAAUGGAUAAAUGGGGGGAUAACACCCGGAAAGUUGAUGGUAGGAAUAUUAUUCACAAGGAGAAAAUCUUGGACAUUCAAAGUGGUGAAUUGUGCUGGGUUAGUGGGACGGUAUUUAGUGAUAUGAGCCAUAAAUUGAAUAUUUUGAAAGAUGUUGAGAAAGGUACUGAUGAUAUUUUACCGGAAGCACCAAGUAGUUAUACUGGUGAAGAAUUACCAAUUGUUAUGUUAGAAGAUGAAUCUGGUCGAGCAGUGUUACAUAACGAAGAAUUCUUAAAGAAGAAUAUUUUAGUAACUGGAUGUAUUAUUGCGGUAUUAGGAAUUGAAUUACAAGCUGGUAUAUUUGAGAUAAUGGAUGUUGUUUAUCCCAAGAUAUCCCCACAAAAACCAUUAACUCCUAGUGGCCUGGGUAAAAUUGCCAUUAUAUCGGGUCUUGAUAUCAAGAGUGAUAUUGAAUAUGAUUUAAAAUUAGAAUUAUUGAAGCAAUAUUUAUGUGGAUACCUUGGAAAUACCAAUGAUAAGAAUAACUCAAGUGGAAUCAGUCAAUUAAUAGUAGCUGGGAAUUCUGUAGCCAGUAUCGAAGAAGAAAAGCUGAAAAGAGAAGAAGAAGAUUUCGUCACCACUAAUAACUACGGACUGAAAAAUACAUCGAAAUUUAAUCCACAAUCAUUAAUUGCAUUCAACAAACUCAUUAAUGAUUUAUUACCGACAAUGCCAGUUCUGAUAAUGCCAGGAUCAAACGAUCCUGCAGAAAUCAACUUGCCACAACAAAAGUUACAUCCCUCGUUACUAGGGUCCAAUAAACAAUAUUUAGGAGGAAUUAACUUCCAUCGAUUAACUAAUCCAGCCUGGAUAGAAUUAGAAAACGGAUUGAGAAUCCUUGGAACUUGUGGUCAGAAUGUCGACGACAUUUUGAAAUACCUUCCUCUGCAACUUGUUAAUGAUGAACAUAUCGAAAUGAAAAUCAUGAAUUCAAGCAUUAAAUGGCAAAAUAUCAUUCCAACGGCUCCCGAUACUCUAUACUCCCAUCCAUUUGAUAAUUUCGAUCCGUACUUAUUGCGAAACGAAACCCCCCAUCUCUACUUUGUCGGAAAUCAGAAAAGAUACGACGCUGACUUGCUACAAUCCGACCAAAUUAAAGUCAAGCUCAUAAGCGUUCCUAAAUUCAGCUCUACUGGGGAAAUCGUCUUGGUCGAUACCCAAUCUCUACAACUGGAAGUUGUAAAAAUUUCUCUAUAGUCUUAAUCCUAUU